CUAUUAAUCUCGCCGCGGUGCCUGAUUCAAUCACACGGCAGUCUGAGAUCGAUCGGUGACUGCGGCCCACAGGGAGUGCGCGAGUUUGUGUCUCUUCAUUUUCCUCUCUCUCUCCUUGUCUCUAAUAUCCAUUUCGAGAGUCAUGUCCAUGCUGGUGGUCGCGCGUGGCGGUUCUAUUCUGGUCCGGAACGGGGUGCCGCUGGCCAGGGUCAAGUAUGGGGUGAGCAGAGCAGCGAGCGGUGUCACGGAGGCAGUCUUGGAAAAACCUCAUGCCACCAGCAAAACCGCGACUCACGCAGCCACUGCUGAAACGACUGCAGUUACUAGUUCCAAGUCGUUUGCUGCGUCCAUUUUCAAGGGGGAGCUGUCGAUGCAUCAGGUCUUGCCCUACCCGAACGCUCUGAACGAGGAGCAGAGCCAGUUCCUGCAGGAGCUGGUCGAUCCAGUUUCAAAGUUUUUUGAGGAGGUUAACAACCCAGCCGCCAAUGACACCCUGGAGAAGGUGGAGGACGCGACGAUGCAGGGGCUCAAGGAGAUGGGGGCCUUCGGGCUUCAGGUGCCCACAGAGCUCGGAGGCCUGGGCCUGACGAACACGCAGUACGCGCGGCUGGUGGACAUCGUGGGUCGCCACGACCUGGGCGUGGGCAUCACGCUCGGCGCCCACCAGUCCAUCGGCUUCAAGGGCAUCCUGCUCUUCGGCAACCCCGAGCAGAAGAAGAAAUACCUCCCCAAGCUCGCCUCGGGAGAGCUCAUCGCCUCGUACUGCCUCACGGAGCCGGCCAGCGGCUCGGACGCCGCCUCCAUCAAGACGCGUGCCGUGCGCAGUGCGUGCGGGAAGUACUACACGCUCAACGGCAGCAAGAUCUGGAUCAGCAAUGGUGGAAUCGCGGAGAUCUUCACGGUGUUCGCGAAGACGCCCGUGCGGAACGAUGCGACGGGGGAGACCAAGGACAAGAUCACGGCCUUCAUUGUCGAGCGGAGCUUUGGCGGCGUGACCAACGGCGCCCCUGAGAAGAAGAUGGGCAUCAAGGCGUCGAACACGGCCGAGGUUUACUUCGAGGACGUGCGCGUGCCGGCCGAGAACCUCCUGGGAGAGCUGGGCGGCGGCUUCAAAGUUGCCAUGAACAUCCUGAACAACGGCCGCUUCGGAAUGGCGGCCGCACUCAACGGCACCAUGAAAGCAUCGAUUAGCAAGGCGGUUGAGCACGCCGCAAACCGGACCCAGUUCGGGAGCAAGAUCCACACGUACGGCACGAUCCAGGAGAAGAUUGCGCGCAUGAUCAUGCUGCAGUACACCACCGAGGCCAUGGCGUACAUGAUCAGCGCCAACAUGGACUCGGGGGCGACCGAGUUCCAGAUAGAAGCCGCCAUCAGCAAAGUUUUUGCGUCGGAAGCGGCGUGGAAAGUCACGGACGAGUGUAUCCAGAUCCUGGGCGGCAUGGGCUUCAUGAAGGACUGCGGGGUGGAGCGCGUGAUGCGCGACCUCCGCAUCUUCCGCAUCUUCGAGGGCACCAACGACAUCCUGCGCCUGUUUGUCGCGCUCACGGGUAUCCAGGGUGCGGGCAAGCAUCUGCAGGUGCUGCAGAAAGCGCUGAAGAACCCAAUCGGUAAUUUCGGAACGAUCAUGGGAGAAGUCGGCAAGAGGGCACGGAGGUCUGUUGGACUUGGCAGUGGACUCACCCUCAAGGGCUCCGUGCAUCCCAAACUGGAGAGCAGCGGAGAGCUGAUCGCCAAGGGCGUGGAUCAGUUCGGGGCAUCCGUGGAGGGGCUGCUGCUCAAGCAUGGCAAGAAGAUCGUCGAUGAGCAGUUCCUGCUGAACAGAGUGGCGGAGGCUGCCAUUGACCUGUACGCCAUGGUGGCCGUGGUGUCGAGGGCGUCGCGGUCGCUGAGCCAAGGCACCCCCACGGCGGAGCACGAGCGGCUCAUCUGCGAGACGUGGUGCCUCGAGGCGUCGGAGCGAGUUUCCCUGAACCUGCGCUCGCUCACCAACUCGACGGUUCUCCAGACGUUCAAGAACAUGCGCGCCAUCUCGGUGGCCACGGUGGACAACGAUGGCGUGCUCGCCCCCAACCCGCUCGGCUUCUAGGUCCGGGACUCUUGCCGCACGCCCCGUGGCAACGUCGCCCACCCGGCCAGCGCCCGCGUCUCUCUCUCUCUCUCGCUCCACUAUGCAUUUCUGACAUUUGUAGAUAGCCCACGCGAGACUCUAAACGCCCCGCUGGGUAUUAACGGCGUCCACCAUUUCGUAGACCGUAUGCCCACCGCCAGCCUAUGGUCGAAUCGUCGCCGGUAGGCCACGGCCGUCUAGUUUAGAGCAUGCUCGCUCCAUGUAGGCCACGCUCGCUUGACCGCAAGGCCCUCUCUGGCAAUAGUUCACAUCCAACCGGUUACGAUGGGCACCACGAAUGCCACGAGAACCACCGCCAAGUUCUCCUGCCAGCGGGCGUUCGACACUUCACGUGGCCUCAAGGUGCACAUGGCCUGGCACAAGCGUCGUGGUGACGUCACCGCCACUUAGUGACGAAUGGCGGUUGUUAUUGUUGUUGUGUGUGGGGCAUAAACCAAAGUGCCCAGAGAAAACCCACUUGGUGCAGGAGAGGGCCGAGGGAAUUCUCAGGUCUCUCCGCGCGCGCGCAGCCUUAGCAGUAACCUACUUCUUGUGAUGUCUCCCACAAGCGGGAGGCAGUGGGAGGGGAGCGGGUCACGCGCACGUGUGCGUGACAUUUCUACACUCUGUUGUAGUACAGUACACUCGUCGAAUAUCAAUUGUAUUGAUCCGUAUUAAAAAAAUAGUCUGAAUUCACUUAAUUUCAAUAAAACAAACAUACUCGA